UCUUAGCUUUGAUUCUCUGUUCUCUGUUUUCUGUUUUGUUCUGUUUCGCGUGUAAGUUUCUCUGUUACUUAUAUCUCGUCUUAAAAGGAAUUAAACAAUGAAGAAUGCAAAGGGCAAGGGAGCAUUGAAGAUCUCCAAAGAAGCUCUGAAGCCUGUUGAUGACCGAAAGGUUGGAAAGAGGAAGGCUUCUAGUAGGCCUGACAAGAGUAGUGCACCAAAGGCAAAGAAGGAGAAGAAGGCCAAGAAAGACCCCAACAAGCCGAAAAGGCCACCCACUGCUUUCUUUGUGUUCCUUGAGGAGUUCCGAAAGACCUUUAAGGCAGAGAAUCCUAGUGUGAAGGCUGUAUCAGCUGUUGGGAAAGCUGGAGGAGAGAAAUGGAAAUCCAUGUCUACUGCUGAGAAAGCUCCAUAUGAAGCCAAGGCUGCAAAGAGGAAAGCUGAGUAUGAAAAACUUAUGAAUGCUUAUAAUAAAAAGCAGGGAAGCUCUGCAGAUGAUGAAUCUGACAAGUCCAAAUCUGAAGUAAAUGAUGAAGAUGAUGAAGCUAGUGGAGAGGAGGACCAGCAGGAGGAGGAGGAGAACGAUGACGAGGAGGAAGAGGAGGAGGACGAAGAUGAUGACUGAGAUCAGUGUUUAAAACCUUGGUUAUGAUGUUUUGUUGGUGAGGGAGGCUAUUAUAUAUUCUGACUGUGCAUACUAGGUUAUUUUGUGUUUGUGCUGGUAGAAAAUAUGUCUUCUGUAGUUGGGACGAUAUAUUGCCAGCUACUUGAGCUUCCCUCAGUCAUUGUUCUUGUAUUUCCCUUUGCGCAUUGUAGCCUAAAAAGGGUUGCUUUAAGUAAUAUAAAUUUCUUUUUGAUCAAUGCAUGGCAUAAUUAUG